AACAAAAAGCAUACAUAUAUUUGAAGGGUUGCAUUCUCGUUCAUCUUCAUUCAUUCUUCAAAAACCCAAUCUGAAAGACAAGCCGCCGCAAAGCACAUCGCAACGCUGAGGGUUUUAGGGUUGGAUUAUCUUAGAUUAGACGGCAAAUCAUGGAGGCCGAGGCCGAAUCCCAUCUGGAUUCUCCAGACGAACCUGCAAUUUCUUCAGAUAUCUCCUCCUCCGAUUUGAGGAUUGUUGCAUCUCCAUCUCCUUUGGAAAGGAAAAUCAGGACACCUCUUUCCCACUCUUUUUCGGCAUCCCUCACAGAGAAUCAGGCGGAUAAGAGUCCCAACUGUUAUGACUAUGCCCCAGUAGAUAAAGCUCGUAUGGAGUCAUCCGAGAGGCCACGAGAAGCUGAUUACUCAAAUUUGGAUGACUACUUCAGACAGUACUAUAAUAUUGUGGCCAAAUCUGAGGGUUUCACGUCCUUUGUGGAUCCAACAUCUAGAAUGGGUGGCGGAAUUAGACCUUGUGAAGUUGAUGAAGAUGCACAAGAAGCUGCUGACUGCGCUGUGCAAAAGCAUAAUAGUGAGGGUCCAAGUGUAAUAAAACUGAAGAGGAUUUUGAAAGCUAACAGGCAAGUCCAAGUGCGUUCAGUGUAUUAUAUUACACUUGAAGCUGCAGAUGCAGAUGGAGAUGGAACAACUCUCUAUUAUGAAACUAAAGUCAGGGGAACGUCAAAGCCGGGCAGGUAUAAGGUGGAAUUUUUCAGACCGGCAUUGAAUCAUAUCCAGUGAUAUGGUGUCAUAGUAUAUAUAUAUAUAUAUAUAUAUAUCAGUUUCGACGUUUUCUUGUGCUGUAGAUGUUACUAGUUGUAGUUAAUGCCUGGAAGGAUUGGAGAGAAUUUGUGAUGCUGUUAAAGACUGAUAUAUGUAGUUAGAUUAUUUAACCAAUAUAUAGAAUAUUAUUAAUGUUUAUUAUAUUAAAA